AAACGAGAGACAAGGUUGGCCACCCGGCAGGUUAUCGGUUCUAAGGUUACAUCGUCGUGGUUUUGACAUUGACAUUUCUCCUUUGGAGGAUCUACCGUCCACGUCUGGGCUGGUUGGUGCCGGUCUUCUGAACAGAGACACAGGGUGAAUAAAAUAAAUGGGCCUAACAGACAUAAUAAGCGUUGGGACGGCGUUUUCCGUCGCGUGCGUUCUGUUGUCCAUUUACCUACGGGACCCGGAACAGGAACUCCGCGACCGGCUUGUCAACGUGAUCAACGGCCUCAUCCAUGUGGAGGACAGGCAUAUCAAACUGUCUCCAAAAGUUCUCGUCGGCUACGGGGGCUGUGUCGACCUGUACGUAAGAGGUGGAGAGCUCUUCACCUACCGCCCGGACAUCGGAGAACCGAGGCACUUCGACGGGAUCAACACCAUCGACGAGCUGGAGAGGUCAUACGCCUACUACUUCCAGCACGGAGCUGCCACUGAGAGGUACACAGUCAAUUCUACACUUUUUGACAGCUUGAUUGAAAGAGCGGAAAAAUUGCCAACGUCCUACUACACAAUCGGCGGCAAUGCGCCUGUCAUGGCGAUGCGCCUUUUCAGAGAGGGCUGCCAGGUCAUACUAGCCUCGACUAUUUCAGAAAAACACAGAAAUAACAUACCAAAAGGAAUUAAAGUUGUCGGAGAAGCCGUGAAACGUGAUGAUAUUCAUUUAAUAUUGGAAUAUAAAUCUGGAGAAAAUUGGGGACCUUACAAAGCUCCAAGGGCCAACCGGUAUAUUCUUCACAAUGAUGUCCACAAUCCUGCAUUGAAAACUCUUGAAUAUUUGGACGACCCUAUAAAAUCGUGGAAACCAGAUCUUUUCGUCGUAAGCGGGCUGCAACUUAUGGACAAUUUUGUAUAUCCUGAAGGUUUUAGGACGGAGAAAAUUAAAAGAAUACACGACCAAAUACAAUCCCUUCCGAAAUCGACUAAAGUGCACUUUGAAAUGGCGUCUUUUACCGAAUUAGCUUUACUGAUGGACAUGAAGAACUACGUAAUACCUUUCUCUGAUUCUCUUGGCAUGAAUGAACAGGAAUUGGCCAACUUAUACAGUAUAUAUCAAUAUGGAAAUAUAAGUUUGGUGACAGAUUCUACACCGCGAGUUGGCAUUGUUUUGGACCAAAUGAGAUAUAUUUUUAAAAAAAUAAGAAAGACAAACACAAUAGUACCUAAUAGCAAGAUCUUGUCCAGAAUACAUAUUCAUACUCUCGCUUAUCAAGCAAUAAUGACGGAGAUCAAUUCAAAUUGGAAACAUACUGAAAUCGCCGCUGCUAAAGCGUCCCUUACAGCAUUCAGGCACACUUGUGCAUCGUCUGAGGUGGAUGCAAAUAAAGCUGCAGUGUUGAUGGAUGAGAGCUUUUCCCGUUCUGUCUUGAAAAGCGACUCGGGCAGAAUCGAAUUGGAGCCUUCGCAUCCAGUGCCUUGUUGGAAGGAGGGAAACGUUCUUGUAUGUGUCGCAGCUGGAGUCGUGUGCACAAAUGUUGAACAGACUGCUGGUGGAGGUGACAACAUUUCGGCCGCAGCAUUGGCUAUUCAACUUUGAUAAAUUAAUGUUAAUAAAUCCACUGUACCGUUGAUCCAUUGCAUUUAUUAAGGGCCUGUAUUUAUAUGUGUUCUA